AUGGACGAGUGGAAACCCAACUCCACCAUCAAGCCCCACAAGAAGCGGAGCUGGUACCUCGCCUGGAAGUACAAGCUGAUGAACCAGCGUGCGCUGCGGAAGCUGUGCCAGACGGGUGCUGUCCUCUUCCUGCUUGUGACUGUAAUUGUGAACAUCAAGCUGAUCUUGGACACCAGGAGAGCUGCUUAUGCGGAGGAAGAGGAGUCUGCUCAGGACUAUGAUGAUGAGAUGCUGAAUGUGGAGGUCCCUAGGCACCCUGUCAGCAACAAGAAGGUGUUGGAUGUUGAGGUGUACUCCAGCCGGUCGAAGGUCUACGUGGCUGUGGAUGGGACUACAGUCCUGGAAGAUGAGGCUCGGGAGCAGGGAAGGGGGAUCCACGUCAUCGUCUUAAAUCAGGCUACGGGUCACGUGAUGGCCAAGAGGGUCUUUGACACCUAUUCUCCCCAUGAAGACGAAGCCAUGGUACUUUUCCUCAACAUGGUUGCCCGGGGCCGGAUUCUGAUCUUCACCAUUAAGGAUGAAGGCUCCUUUCACCUCAAGGACACAGCCAAGAAUGUUCUGAAAAGCCUGGGGAGCCAAGUUGCACCAUUCCUAAGCUGGAGAGACAUGUGGACAUUUGUGGGGAAGAAGGGAGGGGAAGUGUAUGGGGAGAAGCACGCCAAGUCUCCCGCCCUCUCGACAUGGGGUGACCCCGUACUGCUGAAGACAGAAGUUCAUCUGACCUCUGUGGAAGAUGCUGAGUGUUUUGUGUCCCUUUGCCCUGACACAGAGCUGAUCCGCCGCCGGAAGAGGUUCUGCAGCAAAGUAGAAGGUUAUGGCAGCGUCUGCAGCUGCAAAGACCCCACACCCAUUGAGUUCAACCCUGAUCCCCUCAAAGACAAUAAAGUCUUCAAUGUGCCUGUAGCUGUUAUUGCAGGGAACCGCCCCAACUACCUGUACAGGAUGCUGCGCUCCCUGCUGUCGGCUCAGGGCGUCAAUCCGCAGAUGAUCACAGUCUUCAUUGAUGGAUACUACGAGGAGCCAAUGGAUGUCGUGGAGCUGUUUGGCCUCUCAGGAAUCCAGCACACUCCCAUCAGCAUAAAAAAUGCCAGAGUUUCCCAGCACUACAAAGCCAGUCUGACUGCAACCUUCAACCUAUUCCCGGAUGCUAAAUUCGCUGUGGUUCUGGAGGAAGACCUUGACAUUUCUAUUGACUUCUUCAGCUUUCUGAGCCAGUCAAUACACCUUCUGGAGGAGGAUGAGAGCCUGUACUGCAUCUCGGCUUGGAAUGACCAGGGCUAUGAGCACACAGCUGAGGACCCCUCGCUCCUGUACCGUGUGGAGACCAUGCCGGGCCUGGGCUGGGUGCUCCGGAAGAGCCUGUACAAGGACGAGCUGGAACCAAAGUGGCCAACCCCUGAGAAGCUCUGGGACUGGGACAUGUGGAUGCGGAUGCCUGAGCAGCGGAAGGGCCGGGAAUGCAUCAUCCCUGACAUCUCGCGCUCCUACCACUUCGGCAUCGUGGGGCUCAACAUGAACGGCUACUUUCACGAAGCCUAUUUCAAGAAGCACAAGUUCAACACAGUUCCAAACGUCCAACUUAAAAAUGUGGAGAGCUUGAGGAAGGAUGCCUACGAGACUGAAAUUCUUCGGCUCCUGGGUGAGGCUGAGGUCUUGGACCACAGCAAGAACCCCUGUGAGGACUCCUUUGUGCCUGACACUGAGGGCAGAGUCUAUGUCAUGUUCAUCAGGAUGGAGCAGGAAGCAGAUUUCACCACCUGGACUCAGCUUGCCAAGUGCCUCCACAUCUGGGACCUGGAUGUCCGUGGGAACCACAAGGGGCUGUGGCGGCUCUUCCGCAAGAAGAAUCACUUCCUCGUGGUGGGGGUCCCUGCCUCCCCCUACUCGUCCAAGAAGCCCUCAUCGGUGACACCGAUCUACAUGGAGCCCCCUGCCAAGGAGGAGGGGGCAGUGGCAGUGCCAGCAGUUGCUGCAGCAGAGCAGACGUGA